CUGAGCCUCAACAUUAUAAAUGACAAGUCAGAAAUCCUAUCUUUCUGGGUAUUUUGUCUACUCCAAUUUAAAUGACAACUAAAAUAAGGACGUGUUCUAGUUAUCCAAGAUUGUAGAUUGCAAGUUUACGGGACUGAGAUUUGACUAACAAUGGGAAGGCUUCCAGUAUCCAAGUGGAAAGUUCAGCUGGCUAACACAAACCGUUCAGAGCGGGGAAUUGCAGCAAAUCCACUACCACCUCAGCGAAUUGCAACACAGCCCGUAGUGAUCGGAGUUAUGGUGUUGGAUAUAAAUGCCACUCCAAAUUCUGCGGCAGACUCUAAUCGAUAUACAAGGUUAUCGUCCUUUCCUGGAAAAGUUGCUUAUAUAUCGGGUGGUGUGGCCAGGAAUGUUGCCGAUUGCAUGUCUAAGCUUAAACUAAAACCAUUAGUGAUAACCGCUGUUGGACAUGACUUGGCAGGAAAUUUCCUAUGGGAAGAAUGGAAUGCAACAGGAUUAUCCGUGGAUGCUAUUCUGAGACACCAAGAUAUUGAUACUGCCGUCAGUUGCAAUACCUUUGAUGGGAAAGGCGAACUGGCUGCUGCUGUGGCUAGUGUUGAAUCAAUUGAACCAUUUCUCACGCCCGAUUGGAUUGGGAGGUUCAAACAAGAAAUAAGCUCUGCUCCGAUAUUGAUGGUUGAUGCAAACUUGAGUUAUCAUUCUCUAGAGGCAUCUUGUCAAAUUGCUGAUCAUUCCGGUACCCCUGUCUGGUUUGACCCUGCAUCAGUGGCCAAAUCUGGAAGAAUUACUUCUGCGGUUGAAUAUGUACGUUUUGUAUCGGCCAAUGAAGAUGAACUUAUUGCCAUGGCUAAUGUCUUAUACGGCAGCGACAUAUUUUCUCCAGUUCGGAGAGAUCAUAGCACUACUGUGGAAUCUUUAUUUGAAUUGCUUAAACCUGCAAUUCGGGUUUUGCUACAGAAAAAGGUUAAGGUCAUUGUUGUUAACGUCGGAUCAGAUGGGGUAUUCUUAUGUUCCAAAGCCAAGUCCGAUCUUGGGGGACUUGAUUUUAGGGGUAACCAACCUCCUCCUUGCAGUAAACAGUUGUCUGAAGCUGUUGAUGCAAAAUGGUCUAUAGGUGCUUCGAAGUACAACUUGUUCUCAGAUUUCUUUGCUGUCCAUUUCCCUGCACUUUCUGCAACAGUAGUGAGGGAUACAGGAGCUGGAGAUUGCUUGGUUGGUGCGACAAUCGCUUCCUUGUGUGCUGGUUUAGAUGUCAUGCGAAGUGUAGCAGUGGGGAUUGCUGCAGCUAAAUUUGCUGUUGAAGUAGAAACCAAUGUCCCUCCAGAGCUUUCUUUGAACAGAAUUGUAUAUGAUGCAAAGACGUCUGUGUACUCUCGUAUGUCAGUCAGCCAAAGGAACAGUACUAAAAAUUCAUCAUACCUAUCAAAAGAUCUUGCCACGUCCCAGCCACCACCACAAAACAAAAACAUUAACAAUCCACUGCUAUGGCAAUCACAAUCACAAAACUCAACUAUUGGUGAUCAUGCUUCUGUAAUUAGGGGAACGGCUAAUAAUUACCAAAUUAGUCGGGGUCAUGCUCGUCAAAUUGACGAACAAAUGAUUGUAAGAGGCCAAGAAUACGAGCAACCAAUCAGGAGUAUUUUAAACCAGCACCCUCAACCAAGCGUGCAAGCAGCGCCACAAAAGAAAGAUGCUGUAGAAAAGCCGAAGUACGCCGAAAUACUGAAAGUUAAUCUCCCACCUGAAGCAAUUCAAAAGGAUAAAUUUGAAGAAGAAAGUCAAGUGGAGGAGGAGCAGGAGGAGGAAGAUGCCCAAAUGCAGUGGGAAACUGUACAAUCCAGAAAGGCAAAUAAAAGGUCUGCCAAAGUAGCACGAGAAGCAUAUCAGCGCGCUGCAGCCACUGGAAGAAACAAACAUAAGUUUACCAAGUACUGAAGCUAAUUAAUAAUAGGUGUAUGUAUCAGCCGGUACAUUCUCAUGCUUCUUCUUUCUCCUUUUCUUCCCUUGUUUUCUUUUUUCCAUUUCUCCUCAAAUGAUCCAGAGCGGAUUGAGAAUUUACCUUUACCUGUUGUUACUUUCAGAAAUAUAUGUUUCAGUUGCUAGAGGAAGAUCGAGAACAAAUCCAUUUCUGUUUUUUCGUUUUUGGUGUUAAAGUUGGUAUGUGAAGUUGAAGAUUAACCUACUUUUUUCCUGUUAUUGCCGCAUUGGCCUUCGUUGGAAUUAAGUUACUGCAUGAGUUUUACUUUUUGCA